GACCUUCUUUUUCAUGUGCGACUAAUUCUAGCUUGAUUAUUGUGGAUUAAUUUUAUUUAAUUUAAACGGCAUAAAACUUUAUAAUAUUGAAAUGGCUUUACACGUACCGAAAGCACCCGGUGUUAGUCAAAUGCUUAAGGACGGAGUUCGCUUCUUUUCUGGAUUAGAAGAAGCUGUAUUCCGUAAUAUCACAGCUUGUAACACUUUUGCACGAUCUGUGCGUACUGCUUACGGACCAAAUGGGAUGAAUAAAAUGGUAAUUAAUCAUUUGGAAAAAUUGUUUGUCACUAGUGAUGCAGCAACUAUUAUUAAGGAAUUGGAUGUUGAGCAUCCAGCUGCAAAAUUAUUGAUUCUUGCGUCAGAAAUGCAGGAAGCAGAAGUUGGAGAUGGAACAAAUUUUGUUAUUAUAUUUGCUGGUGCUUUGCUUGAAGCAGCUGAAGAGCUUUUACGUUUGGGAAUAACAACUUCAGAAAUAGUGGAGGGAUAUGAACUUGCUCUUGACAAGGUUUUAGAAGAAUUGCCAAAAUUGGUUAUUUACGAAGCAAAAGAUUAUCGAGAUAUUAAUCAAGUAAAAGCAGGUAUCAAAACUGCAGUGAUGAGCAAACAAUAUGGCAAAGAGAAUUUUAUUACUGACCUUGUCUGUCAAGCAUGUAUCGCGAUUUUACCCAAAAGUGAUUCUGAAAAUAACAAAAGUUUUAACGUUGAUAAUAUAAGAAUUUGUAAAAUUUUGGGUUCUGGCUUACAUUCGUCACAGGUUGUUAAAGGAAUGGUCUUUCAAAGACAAGUGGAGGGACAUGUGACAAAAGCAGUAUCUGCAAAAAUUGCUGUUUAUUCGUGUCCUGUAGACAUUACACAAACCGAAACCAAGGGAACAGUCCUAAUUACGACGGCUGAUGAAUUACUGAAUUUUUCUAGGGGCGAAGAGAAUUUGUUAGAAUCUCAAAUUAAGGCUAUCGCGGAUAGUGGUGCUACAGUUAUUGUUUCUGGUGGUAAAUUUGGCGAUAUGGCUCUGUACUUUGUCAACAAGUACAAUAUGAUGGCUGUUCGGGUUCCUAGUAAAUUUGAUUUGAGACGUCUGUGCAAAGCAGUAAAAGCAACGGCUUUACCGAAGUUGGUCCCACCAAGUAAAGAAGAAUUGGGAUGCGCAGAUAAUGUUUAUGUAAUGGAACUCGGUGAUACCAUUGGAGUUGUUUUUGAGCUUCAUGAAGAGGAACGUAGUAUUAGCACUAUUGUGAUACGGGGUUCAACGGAUAAUUACAUGGACGAUAUCGAAAGAGCGAUAGACGAUGGAGUAAAUACUUUUAAAGCUAUCACACGGGAUAAUCGUUUCCUUCCUGGAGCUGGUGCAACAGAAGUUGAGUUAGCUGCUAAAAUUGCCACAUACGCUGAUACAAUUCCGGGUUUAGAACAGUAUGCUGUACGCAAGUUUUCUACUGCAUUAGAGAUUUUCCCAAAAACUUUAUCAGAAAAUAGCGGCACACACGCUUGUGAACUUUUAUCAAAACUGUAUGCACUUCAUAAAGAAGGUAAAAGGAACUAUGGAUUUGAUGUAGAGAGUUCUGGAGUAGCAUCGGUAAUAGAUGCAGAAAAAUCUGAAAUAUUUGAUUUGUACUUAACGAAAUUUUGGGCUUUUAAAUAUGCAGUCAAUGUUGCAUGUACCGUGCUUAAAAUCGAUCAAAUUAUCAUGGCAAAAACAGUUGGUGGGCCAAAACUACCAGGAGAGAAAUCAAAUAGUGAUGAUGAAUCAUAAUCAAUUACAAUCUUACUUUAAAGAAAUACGAUUAAUUUUCUACUCUAUUAUCAUAAACUGUUUUCAUAUUUGUAAUAAAUAUUGGAUUAUAGUUCAAAUUAAUAAU